GAGGUGAGGGCCCUGUGUAAACUGUUCACACAGACAGAGAGUGAGAGAGUGGUGUUUAUAGAGAAAUUUACACAGAGAUAAAGGGGAAGAAAUCCCCCAACUCAUUCUGGAAAUAUGGAUGAAAACAGACCCCCAGGGGGUUGCAGUAAAGUGACCCUAAAGGCGAUUUUACAGGGUUAUGGGCAGCCAAUCAGCGAGGAGCAAGCCUGGGCCCUGUGCUAUCAGUGCUGUAUCAAACUCAAGCAGAUAUUUUGGGGUGCAAAGCAGGUGCCGUUUGUUUGUGGGGUGGAAAGCAUUCAUGUUCACCAAGAUGGCACCGUGUCCUAUGUGCCCUGGGUCGGUAAGGAGCCGCGAGGUGCCCGUAAUGGAUCCCACGACGUGAAUCCGUCUGAGAGAAAGCUCAUUGAACACAUUGGGCAGGUCAUAUAUGCAGCACUGGACUGGGGCCUGACCAACGACAUGGAACGCGUCUUAAGUGAGCCCCUAGAUAAACUUCUGUACGGAAUGCUGGGCCUCCAUGACAUCACUAUGGACUACAACCUACAUUUUCAGUGUCCCAUCACACUGAAGGACAUCAUAAAGCAAUGCGCUGAAAGAUUGUUCACCCCCUCGGAAGCCUCCAGCCAUUACAGAGCUGUCUGCCGGGUCCUCUUUGCAGAGCACAAAGAAUUCUGCAACCUCCUCCUUACCAUAGAGAGGUCUAAACAGAGCCUGAGAAAGCUGGAAGUAGAACAUAUUUUGGAUAAAGACGCCAUCAUUUUGUACGACAACUGGGGAAACCUAUGGAGCAAUGUUAUAAAGGAACUUAGGUUGGGCAUCAGGCUCCGCAACUCCAAGGAGCACGUGGGCCUCCCUGCAGAGUAUGAACUUACUCCAUUUGAGCUGCUGAUGAACGAUAUCCGGGCCAAGCGAUAUACCCUUCGGGAAGUCAAGGACAGUCCAAAAAGAAAAAUGAGUCAGAGUGUGGAAAACUUCAUCAUGGACUUUAUCCGUUCACAGCCCCUGAGACCAGUGCAUCAGGCAUCGGAGCGCAAACUGAAGGAAAAGUCUCAAGAGGAGCCCAGUCUGCAUGAGCUUCUGAUGAGUGAAAUUAAGUCUGGCAAGAAGCUCAGAUCAACACGGAGAAGAAAGGGAAAUUCCCUUCAAGAUGAUGACGAUGAUUCAUUGACUUCACAAAGUUUCACCCAAAGUGAUGAUUCCCUUUCCCCUGUUGGCUACAGAGUGAGCCAUGUGAGGAGCACCCCUCAGGCCUUCGAUCUGGGCGAUAAUGAAAGUGAUGUGAAAAUCAGCUGGCAGUCAGACAGCUCUGAAACAUCAUCGGACAACAAAUUUGCAGACCUGACCUCAAGCAGUACAGAUCUGAUGUUUGUUCCAGUGCUGACGUCUUCCCAAGUGGACCUUAAAAACAGCAGCUUCCUAAACUAUGAUGUGUUGAAAUAUUCAUCCCACAAACGCUCCAGUUCUUAUGAAAGUCCCCUUCAAAAGAAACACUCUGAGCGGAGUUGCCGCUAUCCCAAAGUCCGGCCAGUACCUACUAUAGCUGAACUAGUGCCGACUCGCCGUGAGAUUGUGAAAGCCGAGAUGGUCAACUUCCUGCAGAAUUAUGGAUUCUCUGGGAGCAGGAUUUGCUUCUGCUGCCACAAGAAAAGGUUAUUCUUCACCUGGCCCUACACUUGUAAAAUAUGCGAAAGGGUGAUCUGCCCAGAGUGCUGUGUUGAGAUGCUGAUGCCUUUCAAGCAGUGUAUGCACCUUCCACUCAGCUUCUUCAAGACUCUGGUCCUGACCAGGGAUGAUGAUCCAUCAUGUCAGGAGCAGAGAACCCAGUUGUUCUGUAGGGAAACAUUACAGUGGGACUGUUCCAGUGUCCCAUUGGUGUUUGAGCCCCAGGAUCUCUCGGAUAAUAUUCCAUUUCACAAACGAACAAUGAAAAAUUGGACAUGCAUGGACAUCUGUACCAAAUGUGAGGACUUCAUCUUGGAUACAGUGGAAUUGAGCUAUCCAAGUAAAGACACCAGCAAUGGGCUCAAGUCCAGGUGUUCAUCCCAUUCCUAAAGUCCACCAAAGCUGUAGGGUUCCCUUUUGCAAGAUCCAGCGAUAGUGUUGGCAUAGUCCUUGACUAUAAGACUUGUUUUCCAUUUGGACAAUGCAAUGAUCAUAUGAACUUGACGGGACAAAGACUUGACCUUCUUAAAAGGGUAUUUUAUUAUUUCUAUGUCUUCUUGAUGUGAUGUAUUUGUCGUGUGUACGUUUUUAUGUUUUCCAUGAUCGGGUUCCUGAGAAUAAAAAUUGUCAAUGUACUUUUGAGAUCUCCGAAAACACAUUCAGCUUUUUUUUCCUGUCUGUGCCUCACUACACCUGAACGUUGGGCAGUAAUCCAGACGAGCCCACUGCGAGAGGAAAAUGCUGGAAAUGUCAGCUUUCACUUGCUUUUCUUUCCUUUUUGUUAUGUUUGUUUUUGUUGCUUGUGCACAACAUUGUGAAUUAAGCUAUUAUUUUAUAUAUAUUUUAUUAAACUUUUAUUCUUGCUUGAAUUUUCUCAAUGACAACACGGAAAAUGAGUCACAACACUAGGAUUACGAUGAAUAUUUUUUGAGUAUUUCCACAAGUUCAAUCACUUUGUCACACUUGACACUAAUAUGGUGAUGUGCUGGUACAACUUUUUAAUUUUUUUUUUUUUUUUGUCUUCCCCUUCCCUGAAUGUGUUUUUCAUGUUCCACAGUGUAAUCCUGAAGUAUUUCUGCAUUUUUAUUCCGCCCUUCUCGGAAGUGCUUGAGAGCAAAUUUUUGUUUUUGUUCUGUGUGUAUAUAUUACCAACCACAAAAUAAAGAGCAGGAAUAUAAGUGUU